AUGAGCCGCGUAGAUGUCUUGGCGGAUGACCGCGGCCUGCAAGGCUGCUUGAAGCUGGCCAACGUGUCCAACGAGUGGGCUGAGGCAUUCAUUGCCAAGCACCAAGUGGUCACCCUGGAUGACUACGUGUAUCUGACCCCCCAUGAGAGUUGGGAAUCAGGUGUGGAAACUUUGGUUAACCAAGUUCCCACCUUGAAGGACAACAAGAUUUUGCACUGGCGCGCUUCCGCAGUGCCUUUGACAUCGGCCGUGAGGCCCUGCGCCAAGCGGCCGUGCCCUCCAACAAGCAGACCGACUUGGACGAACCGCUGGAAGUCUCUCAACCAGGACUGGACGCGCCGCUACAACCUGCAGCUGGACCCUGCGCUGGAGCCUUGUGAAGCCUUGAGAUCUCGCCUUUACAGGGAGUUUCGCAAGGGGCAGCUCACGGUGAUUGAGGCCCGCAAGGUGAAGAGUGUGAUCGCGGUGGCACAACCACGCACCCAAGGGUCUGUGACCCUGGGUGACAACUUGCACCUGGAAUUUGAACGUGAAGAAGGAGGUGCUCGCCAUUGGAUGAUGGACUUAUCAUCCGCUCUGGGAUAUGCUGAUGGCGCUCUGCGUAACUGUGCCGAGUACGCGAGUGGCUCCAUGCUGUGGAUGCAAAGGAACGACAUCCUGACCAGGGGAAAGCUUGCCACGCAUGUGAGGCGUGGGUUGCCAGGGUCGCUGGCCUUGAAGCAGGCCUUGCAGGAGACCCAUUUGGAGUGGCGGUCACCUCUGGCCUCGCCGUUGGUCGGGUCUGCCGGGUCUGGGCACCCGGCGACCCCCAAACGACGGCCUGGAGAGGACACCCUCCCGGAGGGCGAGCCGGCAACCAAACGCCCGCGCACCCUCAAAGCAGACAGGUUUGCUACAGUGAGCAUGGUGAAAGGUGGUAAGCGCCUGUGUAAGCCCUUCAACGACGGGCGUGGCUGCUCCAACGGGCAGUGUGAAAACCUACAUGCCUGCGACGUGAAGUUGCCUAGCGGCAAGCCAUGUCUUAGCCGGGCCCACACACGGGGCCAGGCAUGCAAGGAUGACACGCUUAGCGGCAUCCGGGAAGUUUUACUCCGGGCCCCCCGGGUAGACUUGCCGCAGCAGCACUCAGACCCGGCAGCGUUGCAGCUACGGGCGGCGAAACAUGUUGCGUGGCGGGGUUUGGGUGACCUCCCGCAAUUUGUUUGGGCUCGCCCACUGGUAGGUGCGUGGCUGGUGAUAGAUCUUUGGGCUGGCUUUAGUGGUCUAUGCUUAGCACUGCUGGCAAUGGGCACCCGCUUCCAUGCGGUAGCAGCCGAAAACGACCCUAUUCCUGCCCAGGCUACCCAGCAGUGCUUAUCCCAGGUGGUGGCAGUGGACGCUGUUGAAAAUGUGACUGGUGCUGUGCUCCGUCCAUUCUUACAGCGACGAACCGUCCGGGGUAUCAUUCUCGGCGGCGGUUCGCCGUGCCAAGGCAAUUCAGCACUGAACCCAGACAGGAAGGGCCUGGCCGAUGUGCGGAGCCAACAACCGCUCCAACUCCGGCGUAUUCGUGAGGAACUGGAGGCCCUCCCUGAGUGUCGCAAUUUGGACAUCGUGACCUUCCUCGAGAAUGUAGCCUCCAUGCCGCUAGAUGUGAGGGACCAAUAUACUGAAUGGGUAGGGUUCCCACCCAUCGUGAUGGACGCAGCGGCCUGCGGAUGGGUGCAGCGGCGUCGCUUGCUGUGGCUCGGGUGUCGGGGUCGUGGUGUGUCGCCUGAGCGCACCCCCCCUGACGGAUGGGAAUGGGUCCAGCAUUCAGACAAGCCUAUCCCGGCCAAGGUACAUUGUGACGGCGGGUUCGCGCCGCUCUUUGAUGCUUCAGAGGUGGUUCGGGCCCAUGGAGUUGGCGCUAUGCACCCCUUUACAAGAGAGUUUUGGCACCCUACUGACCGGGUGAAACUGGUGGCGCCUGAAGCGGCGGCCAAAUUCUUUAGUGACGAUCGCAGAUUUCCCCCGUCAGCAUAUGAGGAAGCUAGUCUGCUGUGGCGACAGCACGAAUGGAGACAACCUUUCCCCGAGGAGCGCUGCCAAAUGAUGGGUCUGCCGGCCCAGUGCCUUCAAGCAGUUAAUGGUCCACCGGCAGUUCGCAGACAGCCCCAGAAUAGUCUCAUUGGAAAUGGUUUUCACCUCCCGAUGAUUGUGGCCUUGUUUUGCCUACUACCGGGCGCGCUGUCUUCGAAGAUACCCAGGACUCCCUUGGAUUUGGAGGAGGCGGCUUUGAAAGACCGCUUGGUUGGCACGGUCUGGGAACCGGGGCGCCUCGCCGCUUCACCUGGUCUGCUCUCUAGCGACCAGGUGGUGGAGGGCAUGCGCUCUGCAAUUUUCUCUGAGUUCACGGUGGAGCAUGCAGUUUGGCAUAGUGUCCGGCAGAAGCUCAAGCCACUGGCUAUCUGGCAGCUCCAAGCUUUUUCUGCCUGGGCCCUUGGCCGUGGCAUUGUCUUGGAUUCCUUGGGACCUACGCCAAUCCCCCGCCAGCACAGGGCUGAGCUCUUCGCCGGCUUGACAGGCCAACGCUACCCCGGGAAUUCUCGGAAGGGUCUCGACCACCUACUCCCCCCUGGCCUCGGGAAGGAGCAGCAUAUGGAAGCGGCUGGCCGUUUGCCCUCACCCUUUCGGCUGCGCGAGUGGCCAGACCCAGAUGUCGAUUUUGUUUUGCAUGCAGUGGCCGUCUGGCGACAGCACUUGGCGAGCUACUCUGCGCAGUGCCGCCGUGUUUUGACCCAGGUGAGCAAGGCUCUGCAACCUCUGGAGACUGCGCUGGCCACCUUCCGCUGUGUUAGCGCCAGUCGCGUGGCAGCACAAAAACGUCGGGAAGCUCUACCAGUGGCUGAGUGGCUGGGGCCUGAGGCCGAAGAAGCCAUCCGGCGCAUCGAGGGCUCGCGGCUUCCGGUUCACGCCGAGCGCAUUUACCAGGCCACGCUGCUGGAACAGCAAAAGGGUUUCUGUUCGGGUUUUCUUACCCGACAGGACCUCGAUAGGCGUUUCGGCCGGGGCCAGUGGCGACCGCUGGAGCGCUUUCUUGUUGUACAACCAGAUGGGAAGGAGCGCGCCAUAGACAACGCAAAGCGCUCCCUGCACAACCGGAGCACAAGCAUGGUGGAGACAAUUUAUACGGUUAACCUGGACUUCAUCCCAGCGGUCAUCAAGCAGCUUGCCCGUCGACUACAGGUCACGUGCCAAGAGGAUUGGUCUGUGCACCACCCUUGGAUCGACUUCCGUCUGGGAGCCCCCAACACCUCCCAUUCAGUGCUGUGGCGGUGCCUCUACGCCAUCACGGCGGCCUACUUCGAUGACGAGCUGGCCCUGGAGGUGAUCUGGCAAGCUAAUGUGUCCCGCUUGGGGCUCAAGCUCCUUUUUGAAGCGCUGGGUGCUCCACCUCAAGCAUCCAAGAGUUUUGUGCCCACGCCCGAUCGCCACUAUCUCGGCGCGGCUAUCCAUUUGGGUUCUGCCGUUACAACAGGCUGUGUUCGGAUUCAACCUAAGUUUUCCACUUCUGCAUUGUGCCAGGAGAGAGGGCUUAGGAAUUUCACACGGUCGAGUGCAGCCGACUACAGCCGACCAGCCGACUACAGCCGACCAGCCGACUACAGCCGACCAGCCGACUACAGCCGACCAGCCGACUACAGCCGACCACAGCCAACUACAACCGACUACAGCCGACUACGGCCGACUACAGCGGACCAGCCGACUACAGCCGACUACAGCCGACCAGCCGACUACAGCCGACUACAGCCGACUACAGCCGACUACAGCCGACUACAGCCGACUACAGCCGAGCAGCCGACUACAGCCGACUACAGCCGAGCACAGCCGACUACAGCCGGCUACAGCCGACUACAGCCGACUACAGCCGACUACAGCCGAGCAAAGCCGACUACAGCCCACUACAGCCGACCGAGCACGGCGGACCAGCCGAGUACAGCUGAGUACAGCUGA